AUGUUUCUCUCUUCCCCAUAAAUAAACUAACUGAAUGUACCCGCCAUUCACUUUCACUUUCUCCAACUCUCCCUCUCACUCACUCACAUGGCCACCGAUCAGACUUUCAUCUCCAGAAGGCCCAAGAAGAAUCGCAAUCGAACCACUACUACUGGAAACAUCAUGCUCAAUGCUCCUCCUGAUUCAACCCCUAACUUCAUCACACCUAAAACGUCUCCGGCUGCCGUCAUCGCACCCAGAAAAGUUCCAGUUCUCUAUUAUCUCACUCGAAACGGUCACAUUGAGCAUCCGCAUCUUAUCGAUGUUCCUCUCUCUUCUCUUGACGGUCUAUUCCUUAGAGAUGUUAUGAAUACCUUGAAUUAUCACAGAGGAAAAGGAAUGGCAAACAUGUAUUCAUGGUCAUUCAAACGGAGCUACAAAAACGGAUACGUAUGGCAUGAUCUAUCAGAAGACGACUUAAUCGACGUAACAAACGGUCAUGAUUACGUCCUCAAAGGAUCAGAGCUUCUUCAAGUUCAACCACCGGAUGAAUCAAACCACACCGUAGACGAUAGCAGCGCUGCACCGGUGGCUAUUAUUAGAAGACGGAAUCAAUCAUGGAGCUCGUUUGAUAAUCCACAAGAAUACAUGGUUGUGAAAUGCGAAUCAAGCAGAGAACUGGCUGCGAAUUUUGCGGCUGAUGCAGCGACACAGACUGAGGAGCAACGGAGGCGGCGGAGUGUUGAUGGAGGUAUGAAGGAGCAGGUGGUGAUGCCGGUGGGGACGGAAGAGAUUCCGUCUCCACCGCCUUCGAAUUCGAGCUCGGAGGAAGUGAAUGGAGCAAGAUAUGUUGAUCGGACGGUGGAGGAUCAACAUGGUAGGAUGAAGGCUUCACAGGUGCUGAUGCAGCUGAUUACUUGUGGGGCCCCAUCUUCUAGGUUAAAGAUGCAAACAGGGUAAUUGUGAAAGGAGGAUCAAGGGUGCAUGGUAAGUGAAAAGCACCGGAUCAGUAAUAAACUUGAGUAUUUUGUACAUCCUGUAUCUGUUAUAUGUGAUAAUAUGUAUUUUGUGUUUUUUUAUGUAUUUAAAAAUUAAAGUUAA